CGAUAGUGAAUUACAGCACCCAAGAAGGAAUGGGCUGAUGGAGAAGAAGGUCUUGGCUCAGGAUAAAAAGGUGAGAUUUCUUUCUUUCUCUGUUGGAAAUAUUAGAGUGUAUGCAUUAUAUCGUCUUUGUGUAUUAUUUGUAGCUACAACAUAACACCACUUUUUAGUGCAUCUCUUGACCUAUCCUUUUUAGUUCUCUUUGCUCAGACAUAACAACUUCAAACCCAUGUGCAAUUUAAACAGCUAAAAACAGCCCAGAGCUCAUUAUUGAGUUGCCUGGCACUUUCACAUGAUACUAAGGUUCACAAAAGCACACAGGUUCUUAAUUACCUACAUGGUCUUGAGUUGGAGAAUUGCAUCUGACCAAAUAUGACUUAAAGGACCACUAUAGUGCCAGGAAAACCAACUCGUUUUCCUGACACUAUAGUAUUAAUAGGUCCCCCCCACCCUCAGGGUGCCCCUCCCGCCGGGCUGAAGGCUGAGGAAGGGGUUAAUCCCUUACCUUUCUCCAGUGCCGGGCUUCUUCAGUGCUGGGGACUCUCCUCCUCCAAGAGUCGCGCGCAGUCAGUCCAUCCAUAAGCAUUCUCAAUGCUUUCCUAUGGACGCUGGCAUCAAGCGCGGAAGCGCCUCUAGCUUCUGUCAAUGAGGCAGCCACUAGAGGCUGGAUUAACCCUAAAGUAAACUUAGCAGUUUCUCUGAAACUGCUAUGUUUACAGCAGGCAGGGUUUACCCUAGAUGGACCUAGCACCCAGACCACUUCAUUAAGCUGAAGUGAAGUGGGUGCCUAUAGUGGUUCUUUAAAGGAACACUGUUCUUACUAUAACAACUUUAUCAAAAUGAAGUUGUUAUUGUGCCUACAGUUGUAGAGGGUUCCUUGUGGCCCCAAAUGACAGUAUUUUAAUAAUAAGAAGGCUUGGAAGCACACGUCAACCUUGCCUCCAGAGUUAUAGAUGCAUUGCAGUGAGCGCCGCCCAGACACUCCAGGAUGAAGUUAGGUGAGGAGGAACUGUGGUAGUCUCAGCGCUGGAGAAAAUGUGUGUCGUUUAUUUAUUUUUGUUUUAUUUUGUGUUGAAAUUGCAGACAGGGGCCCUAAAAUUAACUAGGAACAUUAAGACUAUCAUCAUAGGUCAUUGGUACCCAGGAUAUGUAGAGAAAAUAUAUAUUUACUUACAUGUUUGCAUUACAUAUUUAUACUCACAGCAGCUAAUGCAUGUAAUUUCUUUUUUUUUUAGUUAACCCAAUCACUUUUAUUACGUUUUUAAAACUAUGGAUAGGAAUGUAUGAAUCAAAUAAUUUCAAAUGUUUUUUAAAUAAUGUUUUGAGGUGACAGCAGGUUGGGUAAUCAGUGUUGCUAAUCUAUUGUCAUUACUGUCAAGUGUGUAGCCUUUCUAAUCCCUAUAUAUACAAUUUAGCUGUAAGUGUCCCUUUUUGUUUUUCUCGUUAGACACAUGUCAGAAGUUCAAGUGUUACAGGCACUGCAGAAAAAGGAGAUUGAAGAAUUGUACUACAGAAUGGGAAAAGUACCUCCUCCAGGUAUUGUGUCUCCAGCAGCCAUGCUUUCCAGUCGACAGAGGCGCCUUUCAAAAGGCAGUUUCAAUCAAUCAAGACGAAACAGCCUGCAGAGGCUAGAUCUUUUAUCAGCAACAGGUAAAUUGUCUAAGGCUGGUUUACCACAUACCAUACAUUUUUUAUUUUCAUUUUUGGAAACAAAGGGCACAUCAUAUUGUGCCUAGUUUACUAAUAUUAGUAUUUAAUUCCAUUACAAUCUUAAUAACUUUGUGUCAGUAGCAGUUAAAACACAAAAGCAUUAAGGGACACGCAAAGCACCAUUAUUAUUAUUAUUAUUAUAGCCCCAAUUAUUAUUAUUACCACAAUUUAUUUAGCCCCAACAGAUUCCGUAGCGCUUUACAAUAUUAUGAGAGGAGGGAUUUAACUAUAAAUAGGACAAUUACAAGAAAACGUACAGGAACAAUUGGUUGAAGAGGACCCUCCUCAAACGAGCUUACAGUCUAUAGGAGGUGGGGUAUAAAACAUUAGGACAGGAAAUGGCACUCAAAUAAGGUGGGAGUGAAGCAGAGCUGGAGGAGAGAGUAAAGUCCUGCCCUUUAGGAGAGAGCAAGAGACAGGUAUGUGAGGUAGAGGUUACUCUGGAAGGCCAUAAGCAUUCCUAAGGAGACUGUUUUUAAGGCACUUCUUAAAUCAUUGAAGACUAGGGGACAGUCUCAUGGCAGUAGGCAGGCUAUUCCAUAGGAAGGGAGCCGUCCGCGAGAAGUCCUACAAGCGUAAGUUGGCUGUACAGGUGCGGACAACGGACAGGAGGUGGUCACGGACAGAGCUGAGAGACCGAAAAGGGGCAUACCUAUGGAUCUGUGAAGAGAUUUAAGAGGGGCUAGAAUUGUUAAGUGCUUUAUUGGUAUGGGUUAGCACUUUGAAUUGACUCCUAUAGGAUACAGGAAUUCACUGUAAGGACUCACAGAGGGGUGAGGUGUGAGAGGACCGACUAGAGAGGAAAAUCAGUCUGGUGGCAGCAUUCAUUACAGACUGCAGCGGGGUAGUACCGCUGUUGGGAAGACCAAUUAGGAGAGGGUUACAAUAAUCCAUGUGGGAAAUUACCUUACCAGAGCAUGGACAAGCUCUUUGGUAGCAUCUUGCGUAAGAAAGGGACGGAUGCGGGCUAUGUUUUUAAGACAGAAUCUACAGGAUUUGGCAACACACUGGAUGUGAGGCUCAAAGGUGAGUACAGAAUCAAGUAUGGUGCCAAGACAGCGCGCUUGCAAUGAUAGACUUAUGUGGAUACCACUAACUUGAAGGGAGAGUGAAAGAGGAGGAACAGUAUUAGGAGGAGGAAAGACAAGGAGCUUAGUUUUAGAGAGAUUGAGUUUCAGAAAGCGUGAGGACAUCCAGUCAGAGAUGGAAGAAAGGCAAGCAGGAUGGCAGGGGAAAGGUCCGGGGUGGAGAGAUAUAUCUGUGUGUCAUCAGUGUACAGGUGGUAGUGGAAUCCAAAUGAGGUAAUAAGUUUGCCAAGGGAAGCAGUAUAAAGAGAAAAUAGAAGGGGACCAAGGACAGAGCCUUUGGGUCUCCAACAGAGACAGGACGAGGGGAGCAGGGAUCAUUAGAAAAGGAGACACUGAAUGAGCAUUGGGAGAGAUAAGAGGAAAACCACGAGAGCACAGAGACCGAGUGAUUAAAGAGUUUGAAGAAGAAGAGCAUGAUAAAUGGUGUCAAAGGCAGAAGAGAGGUCAAGAAGAAUUAGAAUGGAGUAGUGGCCUUUGGAUUAAGUUGUGUUUAGGUCGUUAGUAACGUUGAUAAGAGCAGUCUCCGUACAGUGGAGAGGGCGGAAGCCAGAUUGAAGAUGGUCAAGAAGAGAGUUGGAAUUGAGGAAGUGAGACAUACGGGUAAAGACAAGUCUUCCCAGAAGCUUUGAGGAAAAAGGGAGCAGGUAUAUUGGACGAUAGUUAUAGGGGAAGGACGGGACAAGAGAUUUUUUUAUUUCAGGAUAGGUACUACAAUGGCAUGUUUAAGGUCAUAACACCAUAACAACCUUAGCUUAAGGGAACAUUAGUGCAAAUGUGUAUUCCUAACUUUAUAGUGUCGUACUCAACCCUGCAAGGCUUAAAAGUAAUUUACUCAUCUUUUACCCCAUACUGCAUUGCUUCUCUGUAGCUGGCCCUGCCUUCUUGGCUGUGAUAGUCAGUCUUGAUUAUCUCAGCCAAUCCAAUGCUUUCCCAUAGGAAAAAUGCAGCACCACACUAACCAGCUAGUCUCUAUGAGGCCAUAUGAUUGAAAUAGCUCAGUUUUAUUUAUCUAUUUUUGUGGCUGUCAGAGUAACAGCAAUUAGAAACAUUUUAACUUGCAGGGUUAAGACUAGAGGGACAUGGCCCUCAGACCACUUCAUUGAGUUGAAGUAAAUGAGAAAUGAGGAAUAUAUUGCACUCUUGAUAAUCUCCAAAGUAAAAAAACAUAAUCCUUGUAGUUGCUUAUUUAUGGUGAAAAAAACAUCAUAGAAAUACACUAGGCAGAAAACAAAAUAAUGUACAAGGAAAAUAAAUCCUAAUACAGGCAAAACAAAUAACUUGGGGACACCACAAAGCAAGAAUACACAUUUUACAUCUAGUAGGCUGAAGAAGUAUCUCCUAUUAGACACGAAAUGCGUAUUUAUUGCUUAGUCGUAUUUCUCCAUUAUUUGUUUAGCCUGUAUAUGUACUACUAACCAGGCCUUAAAAGUAACUCCACAUUGGAAGCCUGAAGAAUAUAUGGCAUACUCACGGAGGUAAAUUUCUUUCUGCCAGUUGCUGGUGGUGAGCAGAAAAUGUGCCCUGAAUAGAUAUUAUAUAAAAUAUGAGAGAGAGAACGAGAGAGUGUAUUGGCAAGCAGAGGUAUCCAUAUUGUAUGUUACUUCAUUAGGCUUCCUGUUUCAUGUAUAAGCCUUUCUAGUGUAAAUUAAUAUGUGCUUCAUAUUACUAUUUACAGGGAUUAUUAGAAAGAAUUCACUUGGAGGGAGCAGCUCAGGUUCCCAGGAGCAGCGUUCAAACAAAGGGGUCACAUUCUCAGGAGAUGUCACCAGAAUGGUGAGACAGAUGUGAUGAUAUGCAAAGUUGAACAAUUUGUUAAUGCUGAAACCAUGGCUGACUUGUAGGUAACUAUUAAUUUUGCCCAGGUCAAAUGCUGGAUCUCAAAACCCUCAACUACUUUCUCAAGGUAAACCUUCAAGAAACUCUGUCAUUUAGUCCAUAAUUGCCAUUUCACAAACUAAGGUAGAUCUUAUGGAUAUAAACCUUCACAUUCUGAUCAAUCCUGAUGACUACUAAUUAGUUCACUCUGAUGUUCAAUUUUACUAAUGCUCCAUGGGUUUUCCCCAAAAUAGUUGAUUGAUGUUUUAUGCUGUUCAUCCAAAAAAAAGGCAAAAAAUCAAAUUAUAGUAACUUCCAAUUAUAUCACAAAAAAAGUAAAAACUCCAUAAUGGCAAUCAGAUUUUUAAUUGGAUCAAUAACCUGUUCAUAUUCAUUAUAUCAUUGAAUACUCUGUUAUUGUUAUUUUUAAUAAUAAUAAUAAAGCUAAUAAUAAUAAAGCUUGCACAAACGCUUCCUGAGAAUCUGAUAAGGCAACCUCUUUUGGUAGAGAAGUCUGCAUCUUUAGUGUGUUUACUGUAAAGAACGCCUUUCUUCCAAGUUCAAUGGGUUACCUCUUGUCUGUUGUAUAUUCCAGCUAAUGAAAUGUCUAGUCAGUAGCAGAAGUAAUGCUGAAAACACAUUGAUAACAUGUAUAUGAGUAUAUUUGAGUCUCCUUAUCCUUAGAUACAGUCUUAUAGGAAAGUUGCUACAAAAUAGAUACAAACAAGAUUUUGUGCAUACACCAGUUUAUGUACCAACCUCCCCAAGAGGUCUCAGUUCUAUGAUAAAUAAAAGACUUGGUGUGAGACUGUUUCUCGCAGAAGUAUACCUGUGCCAAACGGAUCUCACAGGAGAUGCUCGCAAUGGUGGAAUGGUCAUUACUGCCUGUAGAGUUGAGGUUUCCUUAUCCUUGUCAUGGGACUCAAACCUGGGGCUCUCCAGGUUUCAUCUACAUCUAAGCUGCUGUAGGUCUCCAAGUCUACAUCCAUUUGAAUAAUGUAAUGGUGGUUACUUGUGUUGUCCAUCACUGGAGAACACAAAGCCCACUGGUUGCGCCUACCACAAUGUUUGGCCAUGUACCUUAGGGUGAGAUUUAUGUGUAAUUGACCAUAUUUAUUUACAAAUCAGACAUUUAAUCUAGUUUUAAGAUUGCCAUAUGUCCACUUAAGAAGAGAUUACUAUAAAACCAUACAUGGUUCAUCUUAAAUAGUAAAGCCUUAAUAAAUCUUUAUGUAUUAUUCAAAUAGAUUAUUCAUAUUCCAUAUUAAGAUCAUUUUGUUCCUAUAAGAAUUGUAUACAAUGACUAAAAAAAUUAUUUUAACGUAUUGCAUAUGGGUUUUUUAUUUCCAGCACAAUAAAAUGUUGCCAUUUCUUAAUAAAUUAUGAGCAGGGAUAUGUACUUAACUAUGGAAUUAUAUGGAAUUAAAAUACUAAUUGCAAAACUGAGGCCAAAGAAGCUGAGUAUCUCUAAACAUUCCAUUCUCUCAGCUAUAGUCACAGCUUGGCCUAAAUUUCACAAAUCAGUAUUUAGUUCAAUAAACCCAAUAGAUUAUAGGUUAAGAAGAAGCAAAGAAAGAAAAUUUACAAAAUAUAACAGAUAAAACCAAAGGUUCAUUUUAUUUAAUUUUUUAUGAAAUCAAUAGGUUUAUCCAUGUUUUUUUUCUUUCUUUCAUGCAACAAAGGUUCUAUCAUACAAAACUGUGAGAGUGUCAGUUAGAGGAGGUGGUGACCUCUGUGGGGAGUGUACUCCUUGCUGUCAGAGAAGUAGAACAAACAUUUUGCCUAAUGCAAUGCAUUUUCUUUAAUCUAUUUUAGAUAACAACUGGUGGAUUUCACAAUGAAACUUGUGACCAUGAUGAAAAAGGAAAAGUAAAGGUACUAUAAAUAGUUUACAUCUAUAUAAGUAAUAGAGCUCAUCAAUGCAUUCAGUACGAAAUGCAGUGUUAUCAGUGUAUCUACUUAUUCUUUAUAUGUUGAGAUAAUAAAAUAAGAUGUGCUGGUUGUAUAGCAUUAAAUAUAUACGUCAAAAUAAUUAUUGUGUGCAAGCUUUUUUAAACAAACAUUUCACCGAAUCUUUAAUUCACUAAACAGUGAAAUAUUAAAUGACAAGCAAAUUGAACAAAAUCAUUUCUAGAAAUUUUCGUGUUGAUUUUCCAUUUGUAAUCAGCUGACACAUUAAUUUUAGUGAAUUGUCCUCAAGCAUGUAACCUAAUGUUUGAGAACUACAGACACAGGAGCAUAUACACACACACAUUUAGCUUUCUUUCUGUCCAACUGAAUAUCCCACUUGCAGUUCUGCUGAGUUACCUAUUGCUGCGGCUUGUGAAUGAUAUGCAAAUAUGUAAUAUAGUCAGAAAGAAAUAUAGCUUGCAUAUCAAAUUAACUUGCACUAUUCACAUUUGUGUGCAAAUAAAGGUAAAACAUACCACUAACACCAAAGUAUAACAUUACUGUCAGUGCUUAAGCAAUAAUUUUUAAUCAUGUAAUGGAUGAAUAAAAUGUUGUUUUUUUUGAGGGGUGGGGGGGGUGGCUGUGUUGAAAUAAGAGGAUUAUUAGCAUUUUUUAGCAUUCUGUUAUGGCCAACCAAUACAGCAUAUCCUUAAAAGUUAUACAGUGUGGAUAAAUGUCAAAUGUAGAUUUUAGACAGUAAUGUGUUAUUAUUUGUACUGUUCGAUAUUUCAAGGAAAAUCUCUCCUUUUUAUUCUUAGUAAAGCCUCCAAAGAAAGAACAAAAUGUUGAAGAGAAAUACAAACCUACCUCAGCGGACUUGAUUCAUGUGGUACACAUCCAUUAGGAGCCUUAAGAGCCUUUUGCAUUGUGUAUAUAGAGAAAGACAGACUCUCCUUUGAUGGACAUCUUAAAGGAAAUGAUUGUUAGUGCCGCAGUUGCCAAUAUAUGACUGUUACCUGGAGAGAUUGUCUGAGUAUUGAAAUCUCAAAACAUAGUUGCCAACUUAUUCCUACUUGCAAUAUGCAAUCGUUGAGUAGUAAUUGUGAUAGAAUGAGAAAAUGUGAUAGUAUUUAGUUGAAACCUAUCAAUUUGCCAGCUUUCAUUAAAUAUUGCUAUUUUUUUUAGACAGUCCGUAACAUGACUAUGCACAAAUGACUAUUCUGCAGAACACUGCAAAGCUGCCUGCCAAUAUUUUUGCCAUUUGGCUUUUCUAUAUUUUAUAAAAAGCCACUCUUAAAAUGAAUGUAUAUUACUUUAAAAGCUUUAUUGCACGUUUUAGACUGGAUCAAAUAUGUGAAUCUACUUGUUGUAAGCUGAAGACAAAGAAUGUGAAAUAAUACCGGAAUUCAACUUUAUUUAUCUUAACAGUUGGAUUGUUAUGACAUUCACCUUUGCCCAGAAACAUUUAAACUAUUAAACAAUUAAACUAGAAUGAACAUGACAUGAGGAACAAGGCCUGACUGCUACAAAAAAUAACAUGCAUUUUAUAUGUAUUGAAAAUCUCAGCAUAAUAGCAAGUAUGACCUAAAAGUAACACGAUUGCUUCCAUAUGUAGCUGUAAGGACACUGUAGCAUACUACAUUGUACAUUGAAAUUAUUGCUUAUUAUAUAGGAUAUAUAAAACUCUGUACUAUCUGCCAACAAUUUAUAAUUUUGUUUUCUAAAAUAGGCCAUAUUCUGGAAAGCACAGACAUUUAACAUUUUCUGAAGUGGUUAUUCACUAGUAAGAAAAUUGUCAGGAAUUCAAAAUGCAUUAUAAAAGUUAACUAAUUUAACGUCCAAAUAGCCUAACACGAAAAAAUGUCCAAGUCAGCUAUGCUUCCAGACUUGGUUACCUUGAAUUUAAAUUUACAGUGACUGUCUGAGUGAAUCAACCUGCCAAUAUUAUAUAAUAGUGUGCACGAUGCAUUCAGAUGUUAAGAGGUAUUUAACCUGAAUAACACACAGACGGCAAUUAAACAUUACAUACUUACCUAAUGUACUUUGCACAUGAACUGGUGAAAUCUCUACAUCAGAUAUGAUUCCAGUUUGGCCACUUUGGCCUUGAAUUUGAAAUCUCACUUUAGUGAAUAACCCUGUGUGCUUGGACAGGCAUAGAAAGUCUGGACUGGGGAUGAAGUGGUUAGGGGGAGGGAGACUUGUAACGGCUGCAGACAAGAGAUCUUCAGCUUUUGUAAGAUGUUUUUAGCUAUAUCCCGAUUGAAAAAAAUGCAUAAUUAGAUGCAUGAAUCCUUUCAUUUUGGGUUAUAUAGUAAAUAGUGAAUAUUAUUUUUUUAGGAAUAUUUCUUCCUUUAUCAAAUAAAUUCAAACACACUGUGAAUAAUGGUGCAUAAAGUGCAGAAAAAAAAAUAGCAAAAAAAAUAAAAAUCUAGCAUAAAAACAAUUAAAAUAUUCUCACACCCUUAAUAUUCAAGAUAAAUACAAAUAAUCAUUGUAGGGUACUCAAUCAAAUUAUCUAAACUUUGACGACUGUGCCUCAGCUACAACUCCGCACACGGCUAUAAGUUGUAGUGGUGAUUUAUUCAGCCAUCAAACAAGAAUUGGCAACAUUUCAACACUUGAAGUGUCUAUAUCAAAAAUAUGCAAACGUAAUAUUUUGGAAUGAGCGCUUCUUUUUGAGAGUGCAGUGUCACAUUUUAUGUAUUAGUAUUGAAUUGUACGGUUUUGAUGAAUAGUUAACUCUGAUACUUGCACCUCUAAAUAUCUUUUUUUGGGGGGGGGGGGAGUUCCAGCACUGUACUUUCAACUGCUGUAAAAAAAAAGAAAAAAAAAACACUUUUUUUUUCUUUCGAAUAAUCACACUCAUUUAUGAAACAGUGUAUUAUUAAAGUGACCCAGAGUUUUUAGUUAUUUUGAUACGUUUUACAUAGGUUCUAAUUUUGCAUACUCAAGGAGGACUGGUCCGCACAAUAUAUAGACAAUAAAAUCCAGUUGUUUAAAAGACCACUAAAUGCACCAGGCCACUUAAUCAAAAUGAAGUGGUCUAAGCGCAGUGGCCCUCUAGUUUUAACCCUGCAAUGUAAAAUAUUGUAGUUUCAUAGAAAAUACGUUUACAUUGCAGGGUUAAACACACCUCUAGUGGCUACCUUCCUUACAGUCGCUAGAAAUGCCUACUCUACAACGACCGAGUGAAGCUCAGUUAUGUGACCAAAUGCAGCUCAUAAUCAUAGGAUAUCAUCCUAUGUUUUCCUAUGAGAAGCAUUUGGAUGUGUACGUGGCACUCACCUUGCAUGAAGAGAAUUGUAUUGGAGCCAUCGACUAGACAGUGUGUCGGGUGAUAUGGGUGGUGGAGCAUGCAGCAGCACCCGUGGCGCCACUCCAGCUGCACUGGGGCCUGCACACUUUUAGGAGCCUAUUGGGUGGCCCUCGGACUUAAGGGUCACCCGAUGGAUAAUAUAGCUGUAUUGCUUAACAGGAGCCUGGUUGGCCACUGCGGCCCUUUAAGACCGUGACCAGGCCGCUGUAGUGGCGGCUGGCUGGGAGGAACUGACAUCUGAUCACUUCCUCCCUGUUAAAUAGAGAGUGCCACGUGGGAGGAAGCAGCACAGACAGGCAACUGGAGGGAAAGAGUGGCUGUAGGGAGCUGCAGCAGAUCCCACACUCGUUCCCAUCAGCCUCAGCCAGAAGCUGGAGAAGGACCUCAGGCAACCACCCUCCUGGACAUAAAAGGUAAGCUAACAGGAGGGAGGCUGCAAAAAUAGAAAAUUAUCACAUGGAUGUUUUUAUGUAUGUUUGAUUGAUUGUGUGUGUAUCUGUGUCCAGGUGUGUGUGUGUAUGUGUCUGAGUGUGUGUCUGUGUAUGUAUAUUUGUCAGUGUGUGUAUCUGUAUGUCAGGGUGGAUGUCUGAAAGUGUGUGUGUGUGUGUGUGUGUAUCUGUGUCUCAGGGUAUGUGCAUGUUUCAGUGUGUGUGUGUGUGUGUGUAUGUAUGUCAGUGUGCAUGUCUAUGCACCUGUCAGGAUUUGCAUCUGUGUAUGUAUGUCAUUGUGUGUUUAUGUCUGUCAAGGUGUGUAAGUGUGUCAGUAUGUCAGUGUAUGUGUGUCUGUGCAUGUGUCAGUGUGUGUAAGUGUGUCAGUGUUUAUAUGUGUGUAUAUAUAUCUGUUUAAGUUUGCAUGUAUGUGGAAAUGUAUGUGCAUACGUGCAUACAUGUAAGCAAUGAAUCAUCAACACAACAUGCAAACACACCCCUGCAAUCUAACAUAAAUAUUACAUACAAACAUAGCCCUGCAUUUAAACUCCAAAAUUAUAUACAAACAUACCUUUCCACACUAACACCAAUACUACAUACAAAUAUACAUCGGCAUUUAAAAGCCAACAUUACAUCCAAACACACUCCUGUAUUAAAACACUAAAAUUAUAUACAAGCAGCCCUUCGAUCAAACACCAACACUACACACAAAAGAGCCUUUGCCUUUAAAAGCCAACACUACAUACAAACAUACCCCAGCAAACGCAAACACUACGCACAAAUACCCCACUGCGUUUCAAUGGCAACAGUACAUACAAAUACACCCCUAUAUGCACACAUAUACUCUAUACAAAAAACAUGCUUAAAUUCAAAUGCACAAACACUGCGCACAGAUACAACCGCGCACUUAUAGGCAAAUGGUAGAUUACCAGCUGGCAUAACAUCAAUUGUGUUGUAUGACAGAUGGGGAUCUACCUUUUUGCCACUCUUGCACUAGAGGGGAGCCCAAAAAACUUUAUUGCAACAUGGCCCUCUCUACAUUAGUUCUGCCACUAAGCAGCACCAAGGGAAUUUUAGCCCUGAAGAAAAGAUAAGUAAAACAUUUUUUUAUUAUUAUAUGUAUUGCAGUUGAAAGAGGGAGGGCUCUAAUCGAACUAUGAACUGUGCCACUAUAGCAUGAGAAAUGCAGGUAUUUUUAAUACUCUAGCAUUGUUUUAUAUGAGACUAGCUAUACGCAUAGAUAGCUAAUUGUAAUUUAUGUCUUAUCACGCAGUGAUUAUAGCUCUGCUCUCAUAUAAAUGCAUCACAAAUUUGGCUAUUUCAUAUGUUAUUGAAUCAUGUAAACCGUUAUUAGAGCAAACCUCAAAUGUUUUGUUUAUUAAUCCAUACUUGCUGGUAAUGGUCACGUGUUACUAUAGUUACAAUUCUAUGAAAUUGUCAUAUGGCUGACUUUAUAGGUACAAUAAUUAAGCUUUGGUGUACUUGCUAAAAGUAUCUGCUGGUGCAAAAAAAAAACAUAUUAUUUUAAAAGUUUUACUUUAUAAAGACUUUUUUGUAUUUUCACAUAAUAGGUUUUAAGAAGCAGUGUCUUAAGCAACAGUUUUAACGGAGUAUUGAAAGCACACAAAUCAGUACAGCUCCUUGCAGUGGUUUUGACACAAUGAGUCUUUUGGUAUCACACUUCUGAUAUUCAUGCUAAAUCAUUUAAAUUUGGAUGUCAAUGACAGGCUGUAAUCGCUGGUGGCGAGAUAGCCCAGCAUUCAUACCCUAUGACUGUUAUCCAAAGCUGGAUGGUUUUGGACAGAUGAUGCAUACAUAUAAGCUCAGCAUUAUCCAAGUUACCAUAAAGAUCAUGGCCUUUGGGUGCUAUGGAAAACCCAGGUUUUGUCAAACUUCUCAAAAACUUUCUCUAAGAACGUAAUGAUUCAUUGCAUCAUUACAAAUAAACAAGCAGUAGUGAUUAGGGUGCAUAAUGCACCCUUUAAAUUCAAAUACAUGCAUAGUUGGGCAUUAUUUUAAUGCACAACUUUAAUUUAUAAAUAAGUAUAGCUUAUUUCUAUCAAAUCAAUCUAUAUGUAAUAUUAUUCUGAAAAACAUGCAUUUUGUUUUAAAUAUUUUUGGGUUUAAAUACUAAACAGUGAAUUUGGACACACUGAAAACUUAAUUUGCUAAAUUAAAGACAAAAUAAUGUAGCAUGCUUCUCUGAUCAGUUCCUUACAGUUCAUCAUUGAUUGCUUCCUGAUUAGCAUAGAAAAACUAUCGAUAUGGAUUCUCCUAUCUGAACAACCCAACGUGAUCUCAAUGUUAAUUUGCACAAAGCUCUCACUCCAAAUACAAGUAUAAAUUCAACUUAUUGUGACUUGAACUGUAUGAAUAAUAUUGGUCCUUUCUGUGACACAUUUAUUAAAAGUCACUUUCACUAGAUACUUUUGCCUGUGUUAUGACAUGGAAACAGCUUUGAUAGCUUGCUGAUCAAUUAUGAGACAUACAAUCAAACCUGCCCUAUACAAUUAGCAAAGCUGUAAACUGUAAAUAUAUGUUAAAGUAUAAAAAAUUUAAAUUUUUGCUUUCAGCUGGAUCAAUUUUAUUUUGUAUAAUACAGAAUAUAUUUAAAAUAUAUGGG